AUGGCCGUUGCCACUUCGCCUAACGGCGCUGCAAUGAACCGUCAACUCCCGGAAGACCCCUCCGUUUCAACACUGCUCGCCUCUUCCCUCUCCACUACGGGGUCACGACCAUGCAGCGGGCAAAGGCAGCAGUCGUAUCGAACUGUGAAACCACAGAAAUUAGACACCACUUCGCCGCCGGUAAGGGAAAAGACACGCACACCAACAAGUGGAGAGAGUCGCCUGCAUAACGCGCACGUACUUCACGUUCUGGGUUCGAGCUCAACUUCACCCCCAGAGGGUGUCGAUUUUUGGCAUGGAUCGUCAUCGCCCGACGCAAGGGAAAAUCCGGGUGCGGGAGCAACUCCCUCGCGAUCCACAUCCGUUGAUGCAAUUAGGUUUACACCGAAGGAGAACCGUAACGGCAAGCGGUUGACGGUUAGCGCAUUUAGCAAUGGAAGUGGCAUCACCAGUAGUGAGUCGACCGCUAAACGUGAUUGGGCUCGAAGGCUACAACGCUGCCUUUUGGAUAGAGAAAAGGAAGUGCGAGAAUUUCGGUGUCGGGCUGAGAUGCGUGAAAGGGAGGUAGCUAUUGCUGAAGAGGAGAUAAAACGACUCCACGGGGUAAUCUCGUUGCAGAAGCACCGUAUUGAUGAACUGACACACAGCCUCGUGCAAGCAGAGAUGACCUCAAGCGUUGCUGGCGUUAUUACGGCUUCUUCACACUCGAAACGUAGUGGUGGUCAACGGUGGUUGGUUUCUAACGGACGGUCUGAGGCAGUUGGUGAGGUUUUAGAGAGGGCGUCCGGGAGGGGCGUAGCGGAAGCACUGGAUGGGCUUUCAGUUUCGGAGGUAAAAAGUGCCGUGAGAAGUGCCGUGUCCGGACUCGCGAGAAUGGAAGAGCAACUGAGAACUCAAAAGGCCCUCAAUCGCUCUCUCAGAGAAGAGAAUGAUGCGCUUCGUCGGCAACUUGCCCUGUCGAGCAAAGGGGGGCACGAUAGUAACGGAAGGUGUGAAACCAGGUCUUGUACAGAAGAAGUGCACGAAAUGGCAAUGGCGUUCCUUCGUGGGCCCUUUCGACGAUUCCUUUCCGAGUCCGAGCAACUCAAGAUUAGGAUGCAGGAGUGCCCCCAGGAGGGCAUGCGAACCCGUGGACAAUCGAGUUCAACUUCACGCGGAUCAUGA